AGCGAAGGCAAAGAAGGCUCAUUCUUUACCUAUACCCCGAGAAAAUGGAGUUAAAGAAGAAGAGCUUGGUGUUUCUGCUAUUGAAUGUGCUCAUACGCUGCAUUGCCAGCCAGAAUGUCACUACCUUUUACUGGGUUCUCAAUGAAACUUCAUACACUCGGCUGUGUAGCACCAAGGACAUCUUGACUGUCAAUGGAGAAUUUCCAGGGCCAGCUAUAUAUAGGCACAGAGGAGAGAGAUUCAACGUAAAUGUUCGAAAUGAAGGAAAGUACAAUGUCACCAUUCACUGGCAUGGUGUGAAGCAACCAAGGAAUCCAUGGUCUGAUGGACCAAACUACGUGACACAGUGCCCAAUCAAACCAGGGGCGAAUUUCACUUACGAAAUCAUUUUGUCAGACGAGGAAGGAACCCUUUGGUGGCAUGCCCACAGCGACUGGUCCCGUGCCACUGUCCAUGGCCCACUCAUUAUUCUUCCUGAACAGGGAAAAGGUUACCCAUUUCCUCAACCUCAGAACGAAGUUCCCAUUGUUUUAGCAUCAUGGUUUAAAGGAGACGUGAUGGAGAUCAUUGAAACUGCUCUUCAAAAUGGAGGAGAACCCAAUCAAUCCGAUGCUUUCACCAUUAAUGGCCAACCAGGAGAUCUUUACGAUUGCUCCACAGAAGGGACGUUCAAAAUGAUGGUUGAUUAUGGAAAAACUUAUCUUCUUCGCAUCAUCAAUGCUAUUAUGAACGAGGAAAUGUUUUUCAUGGUUGCAAAUCAUAGCUUGACUGUUGUGGGAACCGAUGGGGCUUACAUUAAGCCCAUAAACACCAGCUAUAUCAUGAUAACCCCAGGACAAACAAUGGAUGUCCUCAUCACGGCGGAUCAGUCUCCUAGUUACUAUUAUAUGGCAUCUAGGGCAUAUGCUGUGGUAGGGGCAUAUGAUAAUACUACCACAACUGCAAUAGUGCAAUAUAAUGGAAACUACACUCCCCCAUCAACACCUCCACUUCCCAAUCUUCCCAAUUAUACAGACACUGACGCAGCAGCCAAUUUUACUGUGCGCCUUAGAUCCCUAGCCAACGAAGACUACCCAGUAGACGUUCCACAAACUGUGGAUACCCAUAUGUAUAUCACAAUUUCUAUGAACACUUUGCCAUGUGUAAACAAUUCAUGUGAUGGGCCCGAUGGCUCAAGGCUUGCUUCAAGCUUGAACAACAUAAGUUUCGUGGAGCCAUCAAUCGAUGUGUUACAGGCGUACUACAAGGGUAUUAACGGUGUUUACGACACCGAUUUCCCAAAUGAGCCACCUUAUUAUUUCAAUUUCACAGGGGACGAUUUGCCCGAUACUUUAUUGACGCCAGAACGGGGGACUAAAGUCAAAGUGUUGGAUUAUAAUUCUAAUGUGGAGAUAGUGUUCCAAGGGACUAAUGUGAUGAAUGCAGCGGAGAAUCAUCCAAUGCAUUUGCAUGGGUACAGCUUUUACGUGGUUGGAAAUGGUACUGGGAACUUCGACAAUAGCACUGAUCCGACGAGGUACAAUUUGGUUGAUCCGCCUGAAGUCAAUACCGUUGGAGUCCCCAAGAAUGGAUGGGUUGCCAUCAGAUUCAGAGCUGAUAAUCCAGGGGUAUGGUUCAUGCAUUGUCAUUUGGAAAGACAUGCUAGCUGGGGCAUGGACACUGUUCUAAUUGUGAAGAAUGGAACCACUUCAUCAACUAGUAUGCUGGAACCACCUAGUUACUUGAAUCCUUGCUGAGUUUCUCGUGGUCGACCCUGUGGGGCUUGAUGGAAGAAAUUAUUUAGGCCGCAGUUUGGCUAUAGCUAUAUCUUUCGUUAUGGAAAAUUCCGGACAAUAAUUAGUUAUGGACU